AUGUUUAGUGUAGCAUCGUUUCCCUCUCCCGCUUACAGGCCAAAUCAUUUAAAUUCACUGCUAAUUUUAAACUUUACAGGUGUUGAAAAAACCCAAGAAGAUGACGUUCCACAAAAUGACUUGGAAAAAGAUGGUGCAACAGGACCGAUGACAGGUAAUGUCAUUGUUUGCUUUGUCAAUUAAACCAAAGACUAUUCGGGUGCUUUUAGCUUUUCAAUGUUUAGUGUAGCAUCUACAAGUAAACUGACGUAAAAUAACUGUUUCCCUCUCCCGCUUACAGGUCAAACCAUUUAAAUUCACUGGAAAUUUUAAACUUUACAGGUCUUGAAAAAACCCAAGAAGAUGACGUCCCACAGAAUGACUUGGAAAAAGAUGCUGCAACACGACUGAUGACAGGUAAUGUCAUUGUUUGCUUUGCCAAUUAAACCAAAGCCAAAAUUUAUUUUAGCAAUAGAAGGAGGUUACUUUGUUCUUUUAAAACCACAGUAAUUUUUCUGAAAUUGUCGACUGCUUUAGGCAUCAGACCAGUGCACUGUGCUGCGCCUGUUUUAUGGAACUCGCUGCCAUUAACUAUAAGAAUAAGUAGCAGCCUCGCCAUCUUUAAAAAGCAUCUUAAACAUUUCUUUUUAGGAAAGCUAAUAAUUUACUAGAAUAACUCUGAAGUUUAGUGCUUUGAAUAUUUUAAUUUUAAUUUUUUUAUAGAAUUUUAGACUUUUAUUUUUUAGAUUUUAGCAUAGCAUGGAAUUCUCUUAUUAUUAUUAUUAUUAUUGUUAUUAGUAGCUUUUUAGGAAUUUUUUUAAUUGUAAGUUAAUGUUAAGCGCUUUUGAAUAUGUUAUAGUUCUAGCGCUAUACAAAUUCUUCAUCAUCAUCAUUACCAUUAUCAUCCUCUCCUAUUAAACUGGCGUGAAAUAACCUCUAUCUUAUUUUGUCUUUUUCACUUUCCUUUUACAGGUGAACCCAUUUUCGUUGCACUUCAACAAAUCCUGCUGGAAGCACGCAUAGAAUCUAGCAAAACUAAGCUGUCGCAGACGUUAAAGAGGACUGCUUUGGAGAAAGGUUUUGCGAUUUCUGACAAUCAAGGAGAGGGGAACUGCAUGUUUUUUGCACUUUCAGAGCAGCUUGACCUCGUCAAAGGAAUUCAAAUGUCCCAUGAUGAGUUACGCCGAACAAUUGUUCAACACCUUCGGGAAAACCCCAGGCUGGUAAGUACCUUAUUAUUUUUGCUUGGAUGGAUUCAUUUGCAAGCCGUAAGCCGUCGCAUUUGCCCGUUGAAUUUUUUCAUUGUUCUUAAGGUUAUAAGUAAUAAGGCCCUGUCCACACGUAGAGUAUUUGAAUUAUUUUUCACUCGUCUACAUAAAAACGCUGAAAUGAUUGAAAUACGAUAGCAUCCCUCACAGAACAAACACAGUGCUACUAGCAUAUAAUAAAUGACAUCGUCGUAUUAGAAAACCUCUGUUUUUGUCCGUCCACUCGUAAACGAAAAGUCGACGUUUUCAAAAGUCUACUCUAGGGACCGCUUUCUGGUGACCUGUGUUUUUGGUGCCCGAAAAGGCCGUUUUCGUGUGGACAGAAGGCUAAAAAUACCCUGAUACGUGUGAGCGGGGCCUUUAAUUCCUGCAAGCAAAUGCGACGGCUUUACGGGUAUGCUGCAAAUGAAUCCACCCUUUAUGAGCAAAACAGCAGCUCUGCAUGAGCAUCACGCAUGUUUGUACUUUUACUCGUCGUCCACUGCACGACGUGAAACUUCCUAACGCGACGUUUUGUGAAGGACCUCGAAUGCACGGUGACGAAGUAUUGUGAUUGGAUCGGGAUGCUGUCCUUAAAAUACAAAUCCCAAAAAUUUCUUCUCCUUUUUUUAAUGUACAAAAUGCUACGUAAGGACCAUGAAGAUUUAAAUUAACGCAAAUUCGUUUCCUUUAAUCACAUUUUUAUCCCGGAGGUGUAAUUGGAAACCGAUUUUAGGAAAUCUGUCUCUGUCGCCUCGAUCUUCUGACUUAUGUCCUAAUUUUUAUAUGUACGUUAUUUUGCUAAGUAGGAAAUGUUCACUGAAAGCCGCUUUGUUCCAACAGCGUAUGUCUAUAUAGUGAAGUGAAGUGAAUACUUUAUUUAAAGAGGGUAAAACUUGACAGUUACAACAUCGACUGACACACUUGAGGUCCUCAAUACUGGUUAUAUGUGUAGGGUUAUUUCUGACCCAACGUACUUGGCCAAGUACACUUACACGUGUAACAGACACCUCACUAAAACGUCCUAAAGUACUUUCCUGAAAGUGUUGGUCCCUGCCGUUCUUAAUUGUUUUUGUUGGAGUUUUUACAAGGAAAAUAGUACAGGAUACACAGUUUAGACCUCGUUCUUGAAGUGAAAUCCCAUUAGCAUGAAGUGGAACAAAUAAGUGUAGGCGACGUCUUUAUCUAAUGAAUGAAAUGCGGUAGAAUCUCAUCAAGAUAACGUCUAAGUUAUACGAGCUAUUUUUAUGUAGUUUCUAGUAUAACCAGUUAUUCUUACAUUGAUGAUGUAACUUGCAGGAAUCAUGCUCUUAUUUGGUGUAUUUGGUGAGAAUGCUUUCAUAGUUUAUUUCAUUGUCCAUUGCAGACAACCUUUUGGCCUGGUUCCGGCUCACUACUAAAGUGGACAUAUCUGCUCUAGUGCCGAUACCAGCGGGGUCCGCCUUAGAGAGAGCUGACGACAGCGCAGCUGCCUGAAUAUAUACCUUCUACAAAAGCACUCGACCUUUUUCUCCAUUAACUACAGUAUUUACUUUCUUUCUUACAGCCGAAUGGGACAGAACUGUUUCAUUUUGUUGGUGGAUAUUCAUCUUGGGAUGCCUACCUCACUAACAUGAUGGUAGAUGGUACAUGGGGUGAUCACGUGAUUCUACACGGCGCGGCAAACUGUUUUGAAACGUGCGUCCACGUGAUCAGCAGUCUGCCACAUUGCCAUGACGUAAUGAUCUGUCCGGAGUAUGAUGUUACUGGUAGCAACCGGCUUGUGCUGGGUCACGUGCAUGAGCUUCACUAUGUUAGCCUUAUUCCUUACUCGACUGAUUUAAGGCAUCCCUCCUCGCUCCAUUUUGGGCUUUUGUCAUUUUUUCUUGUUUUGUCCGCCAUCUUCUUUCAUUUUUACUUAAACAUAUGUGCUUAAGAUUGAAACCAUUUUUGAAGCUCACACUGUGCCUCUUAAGGUCACGUGACCAGCCACGCCCAUAAUAAUGCG